GCGUACACGCUUCUCUUUAUAGCGGCGAAACAAUUCAAGCAUGCUCGUAAACGUGAUUCAUCGAAUAUAGAUCUUUGUGAAAAAGUGCGAUUAUUUAUUCUGUUAAAAAUGGACAAAUUAGUGACCUUGUUAGUCAUCCUUAUUUAUUCACUGGGACUCUCGCAUGGAUCUAAAUCGGUUACGAAUCGGGGGUACUUGUUCACGGCUCCGAGAAACCUGUUAGCCGGCGAGACGGUCAGCGGGUGCCUUUCUUUGCACAAUUUAAAGCCUCCGGCUUACGUUACGUUACAACUGUUGAAUUCCUGGGACAAGGAAUUAAUAGCUAGCACUAACAUCCUCGUAAACACAAGCGUAGAGAUAUGCAUGCCGUUGGAGAUACCGUGGACGCCGUAUUUUCGAGGCUUCCUUCGAUUAAAAAUCAAAUUCGACAAGUACCCUUCUUACGUGGUCGAAGAAGAAAAAGAAGUUGUGAUCGUGCACGAUUCCGUGAUGACGUUCGUCGAAACUGAUAAAGUAAUUUACAAGCCCGGCCAGGAUGUGAACAUCAGAAUUCUCAUGCUCAGACACAAUUUGAAGCCUUGGAAGGAACCGAUCCCGAAGGUAUGGAUUGAAAAUCCGUCGGAAGUGAGGGUCGCGGAAUGGAGGAACGUUAAUACAGAGAACGGAUUGGUACAAUUGAAAUUUCCACUUUCUCCAGAACCCAGCUCGGGGACUUGGAACAUAAAAGUAGAAAAAAUAGCAGCGGUCCCCGGGUUGAUUCAUACAACCAAAUUUGAAGUGGACAAAUACGUUCUUCCACGAUUUCAAAUAACGAUCAAUUCGCCGGAAUAUAUUCUGAUGGACGCGCAAGACAUGACUUGGAACAUCUGUGUCAGGUACACUUACGGUAAACCCGUGAAAGGUACUUUAUUACUGAAAUUGACCCCGCAAACUCCGAGCUGGGAAAGAAAGCCGCAUCUCCCGGCAAUACGUUACGAAACGGAAUUUGACAAACCGGAUGGUUGCACCGACUUUGUUCUUUCUGGGACGGUCUUGGGAUUGGCCCACUGGCAAGCGGAUCCGAACAACGUCGUUCUCGUAGCAGAGUUCACGGAAGCCGGUACCGGCGUAGUAGAAACUACGAUUAGUCGGACAGUGGUGAUGCACGAGGCUCUCAAGUUGGAAUUCGAGAAUUAUACGCCGAAAUACUUUAAACUAGGCUUGCCUUAUCACGGAAAACUACGAGUUUUGCAACAUGACAACACGCCCAUGCCGAACAUAAAGAUUCAGGUUUGCAUGAAAGUACUUGGAGAGAUUAAGUUGAAGGCGAUCGAAUGCCGUGACUUUAUGUCUUCCACCGAUGGCUUCGUCGAUUUCAUCGUACCACCGCAGGAUGACAAAAAUAUAGAUCUGUUAACUUUCGUCGCCACCGCCAUUGAUUAUCCAACAAAAUAUUAUACGGAGCAACGUUGGAGAGUCUUAAUGAAUCAACCAUCGGCGACCGCCUAUGUGAAUCCCUGGUAUUCACCGUCGGAUAGUUACUUAACGGUGGCUAGAGGAAAUCAACCGAUCGUAUGCGGCGAGAAGUAUUCCUUCAAUGUCAUGUACACGGUACCUCCUAACAUGACCGAUUUCAUUUCUUUCCACUAUUCGAUCAACUCGAAGAGUAGUAUUUUAAUUUACGGCCACGUGAAACAUAAGCCGACUCACGAUACGAUUUUAAAUUACUCGGAAUUUCGCAAUCUACUGGAUACCGUUGAAUCGACUAACAAAACUGACGUAUAUCCCAUGGUGCACAGAUUUCCUUUGAGCGUUAAAGUGACGCCAAGCAUGGCUCCAGUAUCGGAAUUGUUACUUUAUUAUGUGAAAUCCGAUGGUGAGAUUGUGGCGACCACUUAUACGAUUGAGGUCGGUCACUGUUUCGAGAAUAAAGUGAAAACCGCUUGGCAUACCGACGUACAAACACCUGGAUCGAAAACUCAAUAUCACGUUGAAGCUGCUCCGUGGUCCCUUUGCGGAAUCUCUGUGGUAGAUAAGUCGACGAUAUUCUUGGGUAAAUCGCAAUCGAAUCUGAUCAACGCUACGGGCACGUUCCAUCAGCUCAGAAAAUACCAUCCGAGCCCGAAGCCUUCCUCUUACAUGGACUCGUGGCGUGAUUGCAAACAAAGAAACGGCACUGACUUGCCAUCGCGCAGACGGAAAAAGGCAAUAUCGUACGACAGGAGUAUCAAUUACGUGGACGCCAUGCAAGCCUUCAACGACUUCGGAGUGAUCGCGAUGAGCGAUUUAACAUUGGUGACACGGCCGUGUCCGCCGAAACGCGGUGGGAUCCAACAUACGGUUGAGCUCAAUUCUGAAUUGCCCGAUUUCUCCGAUAUCCCGAUGAUAGAUUCCGCGGUCGCUGCAGCUGCGAUUGGAGUCGCGUAUAACGACCAGCUUCUGGAUCAAACGGCUAAGCUUAGAUCUUACUUUCCCGAAACCUGGUUGUGGACACUCACGCCCACUGGAAAGGAAGGUAAAGCAACGAUAGAUUGUACUCUACCGGACACUAUCACGGAUUGGGUCGGGUAUACGACGUGCAUCUCGCCUGUCCACGGUCUGGGAAUAGCACCCCCGACCACUAUAACAGCGUUCCAAGUGUUUUUCCUGGACUACCGCUUACCUUACAGCGUGAAACGCGGUGAAAUGAUGCGGCUGAAAGCCUCCCUCUUCAACUAUAUGAACCACAGCUUACCCGUAAAAAUUAAGUUGGACGAAAUAGCCGGGAUCGAUUUGCAUUUGUCGGAUCCGAACGUCUCGUUCUGUGUGAAACCAAGGGACAGUAUCGUUCACGAGUUUGUACUCAGACCACGAAUACUCGGUGAAGUUAACAUAACGGUUUCAGCUUCUAUAGACGAGAGCUACUCCGAACCAUGUGGUCCGGAAACCUUGUUAUAUACUCGGGAUAUAAUCGUGAAACCGAUCUUGAUUCUACCGGAGGGUUUCCCCGUGGAGAAAACGGAAUCGUCGCUCGUCUGUCCAAAGGAUUUCGCCGAUGACUCCGCGUUCGUUUGGGAAUUGACGUUGCCCGAGGACGUGAUACCGGACAGCGGGAGAGCGUAUUUAAAUCUGAUAGGAGAUAUAUUGGGUCCGGCGUUGGAAAAUUUGGACAAACUCGUGGAGCUACCGAAAGGCUGCGGUGAACAGAACAUGAUAUUGUUUGUUCCAAACAUACACGUGAUCAAGUAUUUGGACGCGAUCAAAGUCGAUAAUCACGUGCUCCGAGCGAAAGCCAUUGGAAACAUGGAGAAAGGAUAUCAGAGGGAACUGAAUUAUAGACUCGCGGAUGGCUCGUACUCUGCGUUUUCGUCCAGUCAGAGUUCUAUAUGGCUGACAGCAUUCGUCUUAAAGUCGUUCGCUCAAGCACAAAGUUUGAUUCACAUUGAAGAACGCGAACUCAGACUAUCCGUCGAAUGGAUCAAACAGAAACAGUUAAAAACCGGUUGCUUCGAGGCAAUAGGCAACGUCUUUCGCAAACAAAUAAAGGGUGGCCUACACGAGUACGAGGGUUCGUUGCCAGCAUUAACAGCAUACAUCUUAAUUGCUCUGGUGGAAUCCGGUGUUCCCUUGCCACCGUCCCUUACUAAGAAUGCUCUCAACUGUCUUGGGAAAGGAAUAGCUAGCAACAAUGCUGGCCUGUACACCGAGAUUCUCGCCACGUACGCGUUAACGCUACUGGAACACCCGAACGCAAAUUCCAGCAUGAGAUCUCUAAUAAAUCUCGCUACGAGUCAAAAUAAUCUGCUCUGGUGGGAGGACAAAACUAAACCCUCGAGAAGUUUGAGCAUCGAGAUGACGGCGUACGCGAUUCUGAUCCUGGUCAAAUUAGGCGGCGAGGAGAAUAUGAUAGUUGCUUUCAAGGCUGUUCGCUGGUUAUCGAAACAGAGGAACGCCGAGGGUGGAUUCAGUUCUACCCAAGACACGGUCGUUGGUCUCGAAGCUCUCACGAAAUACGCUAUCGCUGUGCAAUCUUCUAACAUAUUGUCGGUACUGAUCACCGCUAAAGAAGUGGAAUACGCGUACAAACUGAACAGCGAUAAUCGCAUGGUCCUCACGCAAAUCCGUUUGCCCGUUCUACCGACGACCGUCGAAAUAUUUACUCAGGGCGAAGGCUGUGUUCUGAUACAGAGCAAUAUUAAAUACAAUGUUCCGCACAUCGAUCAUUCCCAAGUAUUUGAUCUUUCGGUUGGAAUCCGCCCUUUUAAAUACGAAAUCGAGUGUUUGUUACAACAAAUUACUAUCUGUGCUCGAUACACGAUGUCAGACGGGGAGAGCAACAUGGCCUUGCUGGAAGUUAACAUGAUCAGCGGCUACAUGCCCGACCGAGCGACUCUGAACGCCUUGUUAGAUCCAUCCUCAAAGGUGAAGCGAUUCGAAGUGGACCACGAUGUCGUAACCAUUUACUUUGACAAACUGACCGGCCAAAGCACUUGCAUUUCGUUUAACAUAAUACAAGAAUAUUUCGUCGAUCGUUUAGAACCAGCGAACGUAAAGCUUUACGAUUAUUAUCAACAAGAGCUCACCGUGUCCACUAAUUACAAAAUCGCUUCAAUUUGUAGCAGCGCCGAGCCGAUCGAUAAACAAGUAACGAAUGAGAAAAUGCUGUUGGAAGCUACAGAUGAGUCGGAGUCCUCGUCGAUUAAAAUAUCAAAUUCUCUGCAAUCGACUAACGGUUUCGUGAUCACCGAUCAGGAACUGGAAACUCCCGAUGGGAUCGAGGGGCCGGUGUGGGUGUACAUAAAUCCGAAUGACGAUUAUAAGACAGAAACGACUACUACCACCAACGGAUUGGCCGAUUUCACGACGGCGUACACGAUCGAGGAUGAGACUGUGCCGCUCGUACAGCCAGAGGACGAGGAGCCUCCGGUGGUGGAGCCGGAGAUUGAAAUAAAAAACACCACGAUGGUGACCGAGACGAACGUUCCGUCGCCAACGGGAGCCGUGAUACAACACUGUCCGGUAUGCAUGGACAAAUUACCGUCUGACAUCAGGAACGUUUAUUGCUCGGCAAGUAGCGCGGCCAAAGUAGCGAUCAGACGAUUGCGCAAAGCGAGACUGUUGCUGGAUCUGCACGCCGCCCGCCAGGUUCAACGUCUUUACGGCAAGAUCGAGUUCACCCUAAGCCCGAAUUGCUCCUGUCCACCGCUAGACGAUCCUGGAAGUUUCGCGUUGAUCAUGAACAAGAACAACGACUUUCUCUCAUCCGGGGAUCACAAGCAGACGCUCGACGAUUCGUUUCAUAUAUACGGUUUACCGUUGGUAAGUGGUAUGCCUUGCAAACUGGCAGAGGCGCGAACCUCGUGCUUCAACGAGGAGAACAUCCCGUGCACGAACGAGAAGGAUUCCUUGGUUUACGGUUGAAUUUAUCAACGCUCCAAUAUUCCAAAUGACAAAUUUUUGAUUCCGAGGGUAUAAUACUAUUUCCUUCGCGCAGAGUAUAUUUAUACAGAAAUCUUCCUUAGUUCCUUGUUCUCUUUUUUUUUAUCUACAAGUAUGUUAACCAGUUUAUAUAUGUAUAAAUAACCAUGGGAUAAGCUGACGCGUAGCUCGCGCGCAGAGGCGUGUAUUAUUGCAAUUAGUAUCCAGGGAACGACAAGCUUCCUUUUUCUAUCAAACUGUAAAUAAAGUUCUCGAUACAAUAAAUUGAUAAGUUACUUGUCAUAAAUAUA